AUGACUGAGAUUGAAAGUUCAGGUUGGACUUGCCUUUCCUCGGUCUUUGCAUGCAUAUUUCUAACUUUUGGUUAUGUAGCGAGUUUGUAUGUAUGGGGAACUAAAUUAAAUAGGGACCAUCCUUCAGUUAUAAAAAGGAGAUUCUUUAGUGUCACUUGUAUCAUGCUGGUGGCUCCAUUCUAUACUAAUUAUUUCUUAUCUGAUGAAACUUUGUCUAAAGGAGAUCUCUUAGCACAAUUAGGAAUUCGUGCUUCAGGCUUGGUGGCUGCGUCUAUACUGCCAUUGAUAUUAACUGCAGUAUUGUUUUUGGGACCAUUGACUAUGCAGUUUUUAUCAGGAACUUGGAAAUUGUAUGCAGAACCGUUGUACUGGAUAUCCAGUUGGCAAGAUUUAAUUUGGGUCCGUAAUCAUUUCAUGGCCCCUCUCAGUGAAGAAUGGGUGUUCCGAGCAUGUAUGAUGCCUAUGUUGCUACAGUGCCUCAAACCAAUGACAGCUGUUUUCAUGGGACCGGUUCUGUUUGGCAUAGCUCAUUUUCAUCACCUGUUUGAAAGAAUAAAUACUGGUUAUAAUUUCCAAACAGCUCUUAUGAUAUCAUUAUUUCAAUUUGCAUAUACUAGCCUGUUUGGAGCUUACUCUGCAUAUCUAUUUGUGAGAACAGGUCACGUGGUCGCCCCGCUUUUAGCACAUAUCUUCUGCAACCACAUGGGCUUCCCAAACUUUGGAGAAGUUAAUCAAUAUCCGCCAACGCAAAGGAUUCUUAUUAUUUUCAGUUUUCUCUUAGGAUUUUCCAUAUGGUGUAUGUAUAUCUCAUCAAUGACAAAUCCUGAUAUAUAUGAUAACAGAUUACAUUGGGAGACAUGA